GAAACCAAACUUCCACACACACACACCAUAGAUAUCAAACACAAAAAAUCUUUUUCUUUUCCAAAUCCAAACAGCCCCAAAAUUUCCAAUUUUUUCUUCCUCAUAUAAACCAAAUCAUCAAGAACAGAUUCUUCAACUUUAAACACACCCUCAAAUUUUCUUGGAUCAGUGUAUUAUAAAAAAUCUCAACAAAAGGGACAAUUUUUUUUAGUACCCUUUUUUCCUUUUUGUGUUUUCUCUUUUCUCCUACAUCACUUGUCUCUCUUGAGGAAAUCAAGAAACUAUGAGCAGAAUUCAAGAAAACAUGCCUUACACAUAUGAUGAGGCUGCUCAAAUUAGAUCUUCUUUAUCUCAAAUCCUAUUAACAAGUAGUACCAACACUUUAGACUCUAUAUUUUCUCAUUACCAAGAACCAAAAGAUCAAAUGACUACAACUAGUCCUGUUCUUGAACCACUAUGUUCUUCAGUCUAUCUCAGACAAAAAGAUUUGCUCCAAAAAUUUUGGGAACAAAAUAGGACAAAUAUCACAAUUCCAACAACUUCCACACAAACCCAACUUCAAGAAUCUUUAUAUUCACAAAAAUUUUGGGAACAAAAUAGAGCAAAUGUGACAAUUCCAACAACUUCCACGCAAACCCCACUUCAAGAAUCAUUAUAUUCACAAAGAUAUGUUAGUCCAAACAAGAAAAAGUUAUAUAGAGGAGUGAGACAGAGGCAUUGGGGAAAAUGGGUGGCUGAAAUAAGACUUCCUCAGAAGAGAAUGAGAGUUUGGCUUGGAACUUAUGAUAAUGCUGAGGCUGCAGCUUAUGCUUAUGACAGAGCAGCCUGUAAACUUCGCGGGGAAUAUGCACGAUUGAACUUUCCAAAUCUACGCGAUCCAAGUGAGUUGGGAUUCGGAGAUAGUGCAAAGAUGAAUGCUUUGAAGAAUUCUGUGGAUGCUAAGAUUCAAGCUAUUUGCCAGAAGGUUAAAAGGGGAAGAGCUAAAAAGGGUGGAAAGAAAAUUGUUGAAAGUGAGAAGAAGGUUGCAAAAGAUGUGAAUUUGGAUUCAUCAUCUUGUUCUUCUUCUUCAUUGGUUGGUAGUGAAAGUUGGAGUCAUAGUGAUAUGAUUUCACAAAGUAGCUCUGAUGACGGAUUCUUGAAUAGUGAGACUUGCUCUGUUCUUGGUGACUGUCCGAUGGGGCCUGAGAACGAUAACUGCUAUAUCACUAGCAUCACACCUCAAUUCGAAAGGCCUGUGCUGGAAUCGGAGUUCGAAGAUUAUUCCUUAGCAACAAUGCCUUCUUUUGAUCCUGAGUUGAUAUGGGCAGUUCUGGCUAGCUAGAAGUAAUUCCGACUUAGUCGGAUUCAUAAUUUUAAGUUUAUGAAUUCCAAUUACAAUCCCUUUUUGUUGAGCAAAAAACUAUAGGAUCAUACCAACCCCAUAACUUCAGCUGUAGAUACAUACACCUUCCUGCUUACCCUCCACAUGACUUGAAUUUUUGAGUUCUUUGGAGUUACUUGUAAAAUCCUAUCUUGAAGAUGUGCUAGAGACCAUUUUUAUAUGACUUCUUUUGUUAAAUUAAUCAAUUAUCAGUCUCAUGUUUCUAAAUUUUCUCUAUGGGAUGAACAGAGAUAUUAUAACCUGUUCAUUCUGUAUCAAAUUCUGAAGGGUUUUAGACUUUUAUCUUAAUUCUAGUACUGAUAAAGUUUAGCAUCUUUUGAACCAUAUUGUAGAAUGAUCUUUCAUAAGAAAGUUCAUACCCCUUUUCAUCAUAUCAUCAAUCUAUCAAUGAUAUUUCCCAU